AUGGUUGGGUUCCCCCUAGCGCUACAGCUUGUGGCUUAUGAGUGCAUCCCUGGUUUGCUUGGUCGUUUGUCUGGUGACGACAGUGUGAAGUUGAAGGACUACAAGAAGUCCAUUUUACCAAAGCACGCGGGGUUGAACAUAAUCGACAUCCGUAACGCUGAGCACGAUCCAGAGCUAAAAGUGCAACCCAUGCUUGAGCUUGCAACCAUGGGUGGGGAAGAGUGGAUACCUUUCGACGACGAGAGGAUGAAUCAUGAGGUUGCUUACAUGGCAGGGGAGAUGAAAAAAGGUAGGGUAUUCCGCAAGACUGACUGGGGUGGAGGUGACAUGCACGUGGACCUUUAUGUUCACGGCGGUGUUAAGAAGAAAAAGAGAAGGGUGAGUGAAAGGGUCGAUGGUGUGGAGUGUGACGGAGAGGGGCCUUCCAUGAAUCAAGGAGGAGAUGGUCAAUCGGGUGGCAAUGCGGAAAGGCCCGUAGAUAUUGUUGUGGCCCGCCUGACUUCGGAGGUUGAAGCGUUGAAGAAGGAGGGUGGAGGUUCUCAACAGGGGUAUGGAGUUGCUGACGAUGGUGGUGAAGAUUGUGGCGGGCAGCAUUUUGGGGGAAGCACUAACAACCAGGUUGACGGUGAUGGGUCGGAGGAGAUGCUUGUGAGGGAAGAGGAAAUAGUAGCUCAGAAAAGUGGCGCUGUUGACAGUUUCUCGUCGGAUGAGGCACCACGGUUGUUAGUUAGGAUGAAGGAAGGAGACAGGAUCCCUCUGCAGUGGGCGGAUGGUGGUCGGCCGGGUUUGGACGGUAAUGUUUUAUAUGACGGCACGACUAGCAACACCUACUUCGUUGCUGAUAGUCAGGUAGGUUUAGGCGGUGUUGGUCCAUUGGGUGUGCUAGCCAAUGUUAACCCACUUAGUUACGUUGAUGAGCAGGAUAGUAGCUUUGUAGACGAUGAUACAAGUGGCGGCAGUCCCGGAAACUGUUUAACAGUGGAGAGUGUUGUAUGUCCGCAGGUGAACGAGAGUGGACCUGACAUGUUCGCAGCUGGUGGCAAAACGUACGUGGAUUUCAGGGUCUUGCAGGAACAACCAUCAACUAAUGUAGUAGACGGGGCGGAGGAUGCGGUGACACCGCAUGAUCACCAGGUUUUUUAUAAGGUUGAUUGUGAUACCAAGACUCCGAAGGAGACCAGCGUUGGGGGAGAUGAUGAGAGCGAGGCUGCAGCUGUUGAUGAGCGUGAGGCUGGACCUGUUGGAGAUCAAGUUGGUUUGGAUGUUAGCGGACGUAGUUGUGAGUCCACUGUCAAUGUUGGGCGGAGUGUGUUUAUUGCGCCGCGCAGACCGGGUGAGCAGGAAGCCAACUUGGCGGCCUUGUUCCUAACCAAAGACCCUUACGUAAUACCGGAAAUUGUUCCUUCAGUGGAAGACUGUGAUUACCCAGCCUUUAUAAAGGUUUUGGAGUCCACACAGGAAGCGGUUCAUGCAAAGGCAGGAGGCAAACACGACCUGAACAAUAAGUUCUUCAUUGAACUAGCAACUUCUCAGGAAUUGUUGUCUGAUAAGCCUGACCCAUUUUGUAUUGGGAUGAAUACCUAA